AUGAAUUAUUCGAAUGAUUUGCUAGAUACAUUGAUGUUAGAUCUUCAAGUAGAAGCGAUAGAUCACUCGGAAGAAUUGGUAGAUCUUCCGGAUAAUUUGUCAGAUCCUUUAAAUGAGGAAAUACGUGCACCGAAUCGCUUCAAGCAGCCAACGCAAGAACUGAAACAGAAGCUACCAAAAACCAGAUUCGUGUAUUCCGAUAAUUUCUUAAAUCUUCCUGAGCUGUCGUUAGAUCUUUGGGUAGAAUUGUUAGAUCACCCGAUAGAAUCGGAAGAUCUUUCGAAUAAUUUUUUAGAUUCUGAAAACGAGUUGCCAGAUGGUGUGAAAAAGAAGAUAAAAAAGAAACGUACGCGAGAAGUUCACAGAGUAGUUUACAAUAAUCAAAAACACCGAGUUUUGUGGAGGUCGAUGGUCGUCAAUGUCCUGAAAGAAUGA